CAGUCCACUGGGUGGCGCUCUGACUCUGGUUAAACAGUGUUUCUUCUUGACAGAAGCUGGCUGGUACACAGUUCAUCUGAGAGCAGACAGCUGGCUGCACGAUGGCUAACGCGACGCUCCAGUCCUUCAACGUGUUCCUGACGGACAGAUUAACCGCAGCAGCGGUGGACAUCUACGGGUUCGUGGAGAAAACCAUCAUAGACUACCAGGACGAGGUCUACCGAACCAAGCUGGAGAACCAGAGGCUGCAGCGCCUGCUGGAUCUGGUCUACAAACCGGAGAUCAGACUGCACAGAGCAGAUGCCAAACAGCCAACUGCACCUUCCCCCACAGAGGAGAUUCCUCCGAAACAGCAGGAGUGGAGCCCCAGUGUGUGCGAGGAUGAGCCUGGACCCUCCCAGAUUAAGGAGGAGCACGAGGAGCAGAAGGAGGAGCUGUGGAUCAAUGGGAGUGAGGAGCACCCAUCAGCAGAGGACAGCGAUGAUGGAGACUCAUUGACCAAAGAACUUAUCAAAACGGUGCAGCAGUUAGAGGAUUGUAGAGCAGCAGAGGAGAGCAGGGAGCAGCAGAAAGAGCAAGAACAGGAGCAGGAGCAGGACCAAACCCCUGAGGAGGAUUCAGAGCAGUCAGAAGAGAAGACCAGCACAACCUUAUACCGAUGCCACAUAUGCAACCUUAUAUUUACAAAGAAAACUGUGCUCACAUGGCACCUCAAGACACACGAAAGCAAGGCCAAUGAGAGCAAAGGAAACUUUGACUGUCACAUCUGUGGCAAACACAUACCCUGUCAGAGCAAUCUGCAAAACCACAUGAGGGUGCACACCGGAGAGAGACCCUACAGCUGCCACUUCUGUGGGAAGUGUUUCAAACUGAAAGGACACAUGACUGAACAUAUCAGGACACACACAGGAGAGAAGCCUUUCAGCUGUCACAUCUGUGACAAGUCCUUCAACAGAGGAUCCACUCUGAGGAAACACGUCUUAGCGAAACAUAAAGAGGAGAGACCGUACAAGUGUGAGGAGUGUGACGAGCUUUUUACUGAACGGCUGCUGAUGAAGAGACACAUGCGGAAAGUUCAUGGCGUCAAACUGUCCACGAGUCAAAGUCCUGCCUAAAAGUCUAGGACUGAUGUCAUUUAUGAUGCAUUCACAGACACGAGGAGAAAACACAUCUUAGAACAUAAUUUGUAACACUAGCAGUGGUUAACUUUGCACCCACACCAGAAUGAUUCCUUUAAUUAUGAAACGUUUCUUUGAAGAUCCAGCCAAACCUUCCAAAUGUAACAUGAACAGGCAAACAACAACCUUACUGAAGAGUCUUAAAGGUAUAUAUCACUAAACUUUAAAUGAUGCUUACUCAAUAACUUUGUGUUACAUGAGGACUUACCUAUGGAGUUGGCGGAGAUUAGCAUAUGUUAGCAUAAAGAGUGAGUAGGAGACAGCUAGCCUUGUUAUAUCGAUGUUGGAAAGUACAUGUACAUUAAUGCAAAAGUUACUUUCUGUCAACAUUCCUUGGACAUUUAAACAAACAGUGACUUGAAUUCCUUAUGAGACAAAGACAUAGUUUACAUUUAAGGGAGUGCUGAAAGGUGUGUAUUUGAACUUUGCACAGAGCCAGGCUAGAUGUUAACCAUUGUUCAGCAGUAAUUCUGCUCUGAAAGACCAACGGUUUACCGUCUGUAGCCCUAAAAUUCAAAUUGAGAUUGCGUUUCUGUUCUAACUCUGGAGAAAGCUUUCCUCAACCACUCCUCAGUGAAUCAAGGAUCUGUCUGAUUAAAGAACAAGUAAACAGCAUUAUGAACCUGAAUAUGAAGCCAGGACCAGCUUGAGGUGCUACACAGCUUCAGUAUCUGGUGCUACAGACACAGCUUCAUCAAAAACAUACAGACAAUGGAGUACUGUUUGUAUGUCUUAUGAGUACUUAUGACACUGAAGGAGGGGUGAUUUUUGUUCUUUCACUACAACUUCCUCCAUGUUUGAAGCCUCUGUUCAAUCACCACUGAAUCUUUCCUCUAUGGCGUUAAAACAAACCGUGUUAGAGAUGAAGCUGAUAUGUUGGUUCACCCAGUUGUUUUCAUCACUUCAUUUCAAUUGAUUUUAUAACAACUCAUUAAUGAGCGCCAUACAGACUUUGACACCUGUGGCACAUCGUUCUCAACAAGUGUUACCUAUUCAACACUGUUAUAUAGUUUUUUACAUUUAUAUAUACAGUAUGUAUGUACAUAAAUAUACCUCAGUUGUGUUUUUCUUUUGCCAAUGUUCAGUGAUGUUGUGAAAAUGUUGUAAACUGUUUAUGUGAACAUGAAAAUACAUGAAGUAUGAAAAACA